AUGGCUUUCGUGAGAAGUUUAUUGGGUGCAAAGAAGAUUCUUGGACUCUCCUCCGCAGCAGUUUCUACGAGCAAAAGAGCAGCCUCGGUGGCACCAAAAGGAUUUCUUGCGGUGUACGUAGGGGAGAGCCAGAAGAAGAGAUAUUUGGUGCCAAUAUCAUACUUGAGCCAGCCUUCGUUUCAAGCUCUUCUCAGCAAUUCCGAAGAAGAAUUUGGAUUCGAUCAUCCGAUGGGGGGCUUAACGAUUCCUUGUCCUGAAGACACAUUCAUCAACGUGACUUCUCAUCUCCAAUGA